CAAUCCUAGUGCAGAACAUUAAACAAACAUCUAACAAAAUCUACUGAUUUGUACCACUUAACAAGAUACGCUCUGAAAGAAAACCAUCGAAUGGGUUUCGUACAGCGAGCUCUCUUCACGUGGUUCAUAUUGCUCGUGUUUCUGGUGGUGCUUUGUUUACGGCUGGAGAAUCGUAUCUACUGGAACUGGUUUCUUGUCUUCAUACCGCUAUGGUUGUACGACGUGAUACUGGUCGCAUGGGCUGUUAUCGAGAUCGUCCAAAGACAGCACGCCAACCGGCUGUUCUCGAUGCACCAUUACAAGUAUUACGUGGUGGGAAUAGUGUUGAAAAUUUUCUCCCAAAUCACCAUCUGCCUGAAGCUCGAGUACAAAUCGAUACCGAUGUACAUGAUGAUGAUCCCAAUCUGGAUGCUGCUGGCGCUGCUUAUUGUGUUCGUUGGGACCCAUUUGCAGCCGAAACCACGGUCGAUCGGAUCGAACCGCAGCAACCGACAGUCGGCGGGUGUAUCCUCAUGAGGGUAUUUGAAACUUCGCGUUUGCGAAAUCGAACCAAGCGCUGCGGAAUAGUAACUGGAUGGCCACUACUCAC